CAUCUAUCUCCAAGCCUACCACAUAAUCGUACUACAUACUACGCACAGUACAACACAACCAUCAAAAUAGCCUCCAACUCCAACCCCGGCAACUUUGCCAACCGUCCUCACGGAGAAGUUGAAAACAUCGCCCGCAUCUAGCCACCCUGGCGGAUUUGCCUCCAUGGACGAAGACAAGCAGCGCAACAUUGCCUCCAUGGGCGGCCAAGCCUCCAGUGGUAGCUUCCAGCCUGGCGAAGAACGGGCUCGGGAAGCCGGCCACAAGGGCGGAAUGUCAUCGGGAGGGAGCUUCGAGCCUGGAGAUCACCGGGCUAGGGAGGCUGGUCGAAAGAGAGGAUCGAGGUCUGGUGGUGAUAUGCCGGAGAAGUAAUUUACGACAAAGUACUACUAUUACAUUAUUAUCUGCCCUGUUGGGGGGGGGGGG